GCCGCGCCGCUCGACGCGCGCGCCGUCCGCGCCGACGCCGCCCUGGCGCCGCCUCUCGACGCAUACCACGCGCGCAGAUAUAAUGAUAUGGCGCCAAAGCACUGGGAAGAGGGACCUCCCCGCUACCUCGGCUCUACUGAGUACGAGCGACCCCCACCAUACUACUAUCCCGGACCAAACAGGGACCGCGCCCAGUCGCUGCCCGGGCGCGGCUGGAGCUGGGCCGAGUACUUGGCGGAGAGUCCCGGCGCGAGACGGCGUACUUCGUUGAGAGACGCGGACGUAGACGCGGCGCAGGAGAGGCCGCGCAGACCGCCCGGGUUCAGCUGGGCGGAGUACUUGCGGACUAGUCCGUCUACUCUACAGUCUACUGUAGGAGAGAGCAGCAAGGAGGAGUCGUCGUCGGAACAAGGUUCCAGUAAAGAGCCCCCGCGGAAAUGGGCGGAGUACCUCCGCGUGGUCGGGCCGAGUCCCCCGAGACAAGUGGAUGAUGAGGUGAAGCCGGACGCCGCCAGUGGUCCGCCGCGUGCCCCCGGCGGCAGUAGCUGGGCGCAGUACUUGGCCGCUAGCCGAAGUCCGCCCCGGUUGGACCGUAUAGAGUUGGGCAGCGAGCAGCCCCGCGGCCGGAGCUGGGCGCAGUACCUGCAGGCGAGCGAUAGACAGUAAACUGGCGCUCACUGAGCUUGACGACGACCUGCUGAAGUACUGAGGUGCCCCCCCCCCUCGUGAUGCCGCCGUGGCGGACCGGUUAUAAGGUCUUCUUCAGACAUUAGAUAACAUUUUAUAGUGAUAGGCGAAAAAUACACAAAAAUAUUGCAAUCUAUAGUACCCAUAUUUUAAAUAUCUAUUCAGUAUAACUCGAUUUAAUGAAAUAUGUCUGCCGCCUGCAAUAUUUUGAAUUUAUAUUCGGAUGUCGGUUACAUUGGGCCGACAGGGCGAUGCGUACAAAAGUAUCUUGUUCAAUGUAUAGAGUAGGACUUGUGAUGAACAACCGUAAUGAUGUAAGUACGUGUAGUAAUCAAGUACUGUGUAAUGUGACAAAGUUAGUCUGUAUGAAGCUGCGGGACGAUGCUCAUUAUUAUAACGUCGGCUCAAGUUGAUACGUUGGAAGCGAUCUCAUGGUCGUGUUGGCUUUAAAUCAUUUACAAAAUUAUAAUUAAUUCUUUAUGUGUUGUUGAACGCGGAUCAGAAGACCGCACAAAAUGUAUUUGAGUUUGAAAUCUAAGAGAUUCAAUUUUAAGUUAGAAUUUACGUAAUACUAUUUAAUAUAUUUUAUAAUGUGUAGAUAAUUAAGUUCUCUCGUUUUUUAUUAACUUACUGUACUUCAAGUGACGUACGUGAUAAGACGGAGGCGACGCGACGCGACACCCGAGGUUGUCUUGCAUUUAUAUAGAUAUCGUUUAGUACCUCCGGUAGCGCGCCGCGCCCGGCGGCCGGGCGGCGCCGGCCCGAUACUCAGUACUGCCCCGGCCGCGCCCGCCGCCCGCCGCAUACCUUGUGUAGUGUAAGGACGCCAAAUAUUCGCGUUUCUAAGUCUGCGUAUUGAUUCGUUUAUAUCUUUGUGCUAGAUAGUAUUUACGAACACUUUUUCUAUUCACUUUUGUAAGUUCGGACAUUCGAAGAGAUUGCGCCGCCAUCGUACACUGUUCGUAAUGUGAUGCUAGCGUAAUGUCCUAAUGUCCUAGUGUAAUUUUGUGAUUAUUCGACAUUUAUUAUAUUUUAUUGAUAAACUUUGUAUUCGAGACGUUAAGUAGUCGACUUGUUUAUAGUUAUUGUGUCAUAUCGUAAGUAAGUGCCGAGUAGUGUGAGAGAUAGCAAGCAGAGCCGCGGGGCCGGCCACUGCGCGUGUCAAACGAAGGGAUCCUUGUCUCUACGUCAACUCCCGCUCACCUUAUUGUAGAACUCUUCCUUUUGGAACGAACCUUGUGGCGAUGUAUACAAGUGUUUAUGUUGUGCCGCUGCUCAAACUAGUGUCGAGAGUCCGCGAGAUUAUUUAGCCAUUUUAUAUUGAUUUACUGAGUCUCUGCGUACUGGAUAGUCCUAGUGAAUGUUAAGUUAAGUUAGAUCUAAUGUAAUUCCAAUGUAAUCUUUAAAAAAAUAAUAGUAGUGCAACCAAAAAGUAAGGUUUUGUAAGAAAGCGCCGCAGUAAGCGAUGGCUGUGCGAGUGAUGCGACUGAGACGACCGAUGCGACUGCAUCAAGGAUGUAACGACGAAUGUAAAAUAAACAUUUAAUUAUCCUAA